AUGGCAGAAGAAAAUGAAGGAAGGAAAGGAAAGGACAAGGAAGAGGAGGUUGGGGUGGAGGAGGCACCUGAGCAGAAGAAAGUUCUUCCUUCAUCAGAGAAAACUUUAACUGAAAUCCCAAGCCCUGAAGGGCCUUCUUCCCUCUUCCCAUCAGCCUCAAACAUAGCUUCAGUUAUGCCCCCAUCUCUACCCAGGAUUUUCAAAAACACUGGUGGUCCCAAGCACCACUCCAAAAGGAAUUCUUUCUUUCGGAGAUCCAUAAGGACAUUUAAUUCUCAUACCAAUUUUAUCAGAUUACAAAACCAAAUAUUCCCCUUACCAACUACUGAAGGAAGUGAAAGUAAAAGGGCCUUCGUUGGAAAGACUGAUGAUUUUGAUGAUGAAGACGAUUUCCAACAUAGGCUUAAAGAAGCUAUACACUAUGUUGUGAUGUCCAUCACUUUCAGGUUAUUUAGUAUCAUAUUGCUCAUCAGUCAUGUCGCAAUACUGAUUACAGCUUUAUCUCUGACUCCUAAGAGUAUGAAGUUACCUUUAACCUACCGUAUAAUUUUUUUAUCUUUUGGUCUCUUCUUCCUUGCUGAUGUACUAUUUCAAGUCUUUUUAGAAGGAGUCACAAAAUAUUUUUCUUCAAUAAUCAGUACGAUAGAUCUCUUAGCUAUUGUGCUGUUGCUGGUGUUGGAUGUGGCUCAUAUUUUUUUUGAUAUUGGAGACACUCACCCAAUCCCCUGGUUGAUAUUUCUCAUUAACACUUUAAGACUUUUUGUUCUGAUAAAAGUAUUUCAGCUGGCCAGUGCGAAAAGAAAGAUUGAAGAAGCAAUUAGAAAGCUGGUUUCAGAAAACAAAAGACGUUAUAGGAAAGAUGGAUUUGACCUGGACCUCACUUAUGUUACUGAUAACGUCAUUGCCAUGUCCUUUCCAUCAUCUGGAGGUCGGUCACUCUAUAGAAACCCCAUUAAGGAAGUUGUGAGAUUCCUGGAUACGAAACACCCAGACCACUACAAGAUCUACAACUUGUGCAGUGAGAGAACCUAUGACCAUUCAUACUUCCAUAACAGGGUAGAAAGAUUCCCUAUUGAUGAUCACAAUGUUCCCACCAUAAUUGAUAUGCUGAAAUUUGUGGACAGUGUAUUUGAAUGGAUGGAAGAGGAUCCAGAAAAUAUCAUAGUAGUUCACUGUAUGGGAGGCAAAGGUAGGACUGGAACUAUGAUCUGUAUUUGGCUUAUUGCUAGUGAACAUUUUGAUACUGCAAAGGAGAGCUUGGAAUAUUUUGGAAAGAGAAGAACAGAUACAGCUUCCAGCUCCAAAUAUCAGGGAGUAGAAACUCCUUCACAGAGCAGAUAUGUUGAAUAUUUUGCCCUGAUAAAGAACAAGUACCAUUGGGUUAUCCCUCAAAGGAAAAUACUCAGCAUAAAAUCCAUCACUAUUUAUUCAAUUCGAGGAGUUGGAAAAGGUAAUGGAAAGGAUCUGAAAAUAGUAUUAAUGAUGAAUAACAAGAUUAUUUACACCUGUUUGUGUUCAUCUUCAAAGUGCUGUCAGGUAUUAUGUGAUGAUGACACUAAUUCUGUAACUAUCAUACUAAAUAACUGUCCGAACAUUUGUGGUGAUGUGAAAGUAAAGUUCUACAGUUCGGCCCUUCCUAAUCUAUAUGAGAAGUGUGCAAUAUUCUUUUGGUUCAAUACAGCUUUUAUACAAAACAACAGGCUUUAUCUUCCCAGAAAUGAAUUGGAUAAUCCCCAUAAACAAAAAACAUGGAACAUUUACCGAGAAGAUUUUGCAGUGGAAUUACUGUUUGAGACAUGAUC